UAAAGAUGUGGCCGACAUGAUUAUACAAAAAUUCAUAAAAAUAAAAAAAUGAAAAAAUUAAACCCCUCUCUCACACACACACGCAAGAGAAAAAAAUUUCUCAAGCCACUCAGUGAUUUCACCCCAAAUUUUUCCCGUCCCCUCUCUUUCUCCGGCGGCAGCAAAGACUACGCCGGAGCCCAGCCCAGUCUCUCUUUCUCCGGCGACAUUUGGUAAAAACAUGGGGGCUGGGCUUGAGGUCCCAAUAUCGCUGGACGGAGUAAGGGACGAGAACUUGAUGCAGUUGAAGGAGCUCGACAGGGCUUUCUUCGGCGAAAGCUACUGUGACAAGCUCUACGCCGAUGCCCUCGCUUCUGGCGAGUUCACCAAGCUAGCAUACUAUGGUGAUAUCAAUGUUGGUUCAAUUGCAUGUCUGAGUGAGAAGAAGGAAGGUGGGGCUAUACGUGUUUAUAUCAUGACAUUGGGUGUCUUAGCACCAGAUCGGUGUUUGGGCAUUGGUACGAGGCUGUUGAACCAUGUUCUUGAUCUCUGCUCCAAGCAAAACAUGUUUGAGGUUUACUUGCAUGUGCAGACAAACAAUGAGGAUGCCAUAAACUUUUACAAGAAAUUCGGGUUUGAAAUCACGGACACCAUAGAGAACUACUACACAAACAUUUCCCCACCCGACUGCUAUGUUCUUACAUAGUAUAUCACUCAAAACAAGCAAUAGUAUUUCAAAGCUAGUCCACGAUGGGAGAGUCCUUGGUAGUUGUGGCAUUAUUAAUUGAACUUUACCUUGCAUUGGUUAUACUGGAGUGUUAGUUUCUAAACUUAGGAGGUCCUUAACAUGCUGAAAUGCAUUGGUCACAUUGGCUAUUUGAUACUUUGGCUGCUUUCUGGUUUAGUGAACUAUUUUAUUGAUCUGAUUAGUGUGCAAACAGUUGAAAUUUUGUAUUGUGUUGGG